CGCCUAUAAAAGCCUCCGCGGGGCCCGCCGCGCGCGCGGUCGGUUACGCCACUGGGCAGCUCGCGGCUGGCCGUUACUGGCGCCGUCCGCUCCGCGCCCCGUCCCGUCCUGUCAGCCGCCGCCCCCCCCCCCCCCCUUCUCUCAGGUACGUGGUGAGGUGACAGCUAUUGAACUAUGGCAUUCAACAAGAUUUGGUAUACCGUAGCCCUUGGCCUUCUGCUGCCUUUUUCUUACGCCCAUACGGACUUCUUCACUUCCAUUGGUCAUAUGACAGACUUAAUUAAUACCGAAAAAGAUCUGGUGGUGUCACUGAAAGAUUACAUCAAGGCAGAAGAAAGCAAGCUGGAACAGAUCAAAAAAUGGGCAGAGAAAUUGGAUCAGCUGACAGAUACUGCUACAAAAGACCCAGAGGGGUUUUUGGGACAUCCUGUAAAUGCAUUCAAGUUGAUGAAACGGCUUAACACAGAGUGGGGUGAGCUGGAGAGCCUGGUUCUGAAGGACAUGUCAGAUGGCUUUAUCUCCAACAUGACUAUCCAGCGGCAGUUUUUCCCAAAUGACGAAGAUCAGACUGGUGCAGCAAAAGCCCUCUUGCGGCUUCAAGACACGUAUAAUUUGGACACAGACACCCUCUCAAGAGGGAAUCUUCCAGGUGUGAAGCACAAAUCCUUUUUAACAGCUGAAGAUUGCUUUGAGCUGGGAAAGAUUGCCUACACUGAAGCUGACUACUACCACACCGAGCUCUGGAUGGAACAAGCUCUGAAACAGUUGGAUGAGGGAGAAGUGUCUUCUGCAGAUAAAGUCUACAUUCUGGACUACCUGAGUUACGCCGUGUAUCAGCAGGGGGAUCUGGGCAAAGCCAUGAUGCUCACCAAACGCCUUCUGGAACUGGAUCCUGAACAUCAAAGAGCAAAUGGGAACAUGAAAUAUUUUGAAUACAUCAUGGCUAAAGAAAAAGAAGCAAAUAAGUCCAGUACAGAUUCAGAAGACCAGAUGGAGAAGGAGACUGAGGUUAAGAAAAAGGAUUACCUGCCCGAGAGAAGGAAGUACGAAAUGCUGUGCCGUGGGGAGGGUCUCAAAAUGACUCCUCGGAGACAAAAAAGACUCUUCUGCCGCUACUAUGAUGGAAACAGGAAUCCUAGAUACAUUCUGGGCCCUGUCAAACAGGAAGAUGAGUGGGACAAACCGCGAAUUGUUCGCUUCCUUGACAUCAUCUCUGAUGAAGAGAUCGAAACUGUGAAAGAACUAGCAAAGCCGAGGCUGAGGCGAGCCACCAUUUCAAACCCCAUAACAGGAGCCUUGGAGACGGCACAUUACAGAAUUAGCAAAAGUGCUUGGUUGUCUGGCUAUGAAAGCCCUGUGGUAUCUCGCAUUAACACAAGGAUACAGGACCUAACAGGACUUGAUGUCUCCACAGCAGAGGAACUACAGGUGGCAAAUUAUGGAGUGGGAGGACAGUAUGAACCCCACUUUGACUUUGCACGGAAAGAUGAGCCAGAUGCUUUUAAGGAAUUGGGAACAGGCAACAGAAUUGCUACUUGGUUGUUUUAUAUGAGCGAUGUGUCAGCAGGGGGAGCUACCGUCUUUCCUGAAGUAGGAGCUAGUGUUUGGCCUAAAAAGGGAACAGCUGUAUUCUGGUACAAUCUUUUUCCAAGCGGAGAAGGAGAUUACAGCACGCGGCAUGCGGCCUGCCCAGUACUAGUUGGAAACAAAUGGGUAUCCAAUAAAUGGCUUCAUGAGCGGGGACAGGAAUUCCGAAGGCCGUGCGCUUUAUCAGAGUUGGAAUGAUGCAGACUCAUCCUUUGUCUCUUCUGUAUUCAGUUUGUGUAAAAUGCACACAUCUCCUACAGUUUACAAUUGACUAACACUCCACUACAGGUUCAAUCUUCAGCUACACCGGUGUUUCAUCUGUGGACAAAACAAACAUGCUUUUAGUUCCCUUAAAACAUCCCCUUAAGGUUUUACGAACAGAGUAUAUUAAGGUCUAUGAGUGUUACAGAAAAAAAAAAAUGGACAAAAUACAGAUCAGGGCCACAGCUAACAGUGGUGUUGUGUGUGGUGUUCCCUUCACCAUCGCCCCUCUGAUCAGCAUGGAAAGCCAGUGAUUGUUCGCUUAGAGUCCUCCUUGCAACUGCCAGUUGGCUAAGGGUGGGAUGAUUUAACAGGAGGGCUCCCUUCUAAGGAAGGCUCAAUUAAACUGGUUCCUAUUCCUCAACUUCCAGACAUUCGACUCCUUGCUUUCCCAGAGUGCCUGACCACUACUCUUGAGAACUCUGGGCAUGGUUUGUGUUUCUCUGGGGAACAGGUUGUUAUCAUGUUUUAGCCUGCUUCUCCACUUCCGCAAAAGCCCCAAUUUUUAAACUGUCUUCCUUCUCAGCCUCUGUGGGGAAUUUGGCUCUUAACCUUGAAAAUGUGAGCCAGCAGUUACAUACGCGUAGAUGAGAUGCUUCAGCAGUGUUGCGUCAAACACACACCUGCAUCAGAGCAGCCUGACAACAGUUGCAGCUUGUCUUCCCUCCAUUUUUUUCCUUUAAUGUUUGUCCAUGUGAACAAAGGCUGCUUUUACCCUGUCUUAGUAGUCAACUCUUAGAUCUGUUCCUUGGGCAGUGGGGAUGGGAACGUUACCAUCCUCAUUAAUCAAAAUAAUUGUGCCUUAGGACAGUGGAAUUUCAAAUUGGUUAUGAGACUUCAGGUGAUGAGGUAAUACAGAGUCCUCACAGAACGCUCUCCACCCUCGUCCUCCCAGUUCUCAAGGUGGUGUGAGAAAUAGAUGGCCUAUUUAUAAUCCUAAAUCUUUUUUAGAUGUGUUUUAUUUUCCAAAUGUUUUUUCUUUCUGCCACGAACGCUGCAUGCAGGCCGCAGCAGCGACAGGCCCUUAGUCACGGGGCGACGGUUAGCACAGGAUGCCAGAGAAGGUGCCUGCUCUGGAUGGUUUGGUGUUGCUCACCUUGCAGAGGCCGCCUCCACUGCAGCGACGCGCCUCCCGCCGCCUCCCCUCUCCUUUAGCUGUCGCUGGCACUCGUGAGAGCCUCCAGAGGCUCUGGUGCUGCUCACUUCAGGGCUGCUCUUCCCACGAGCCAGGGCUGGAGCUGUUCCAAUUCAUGCCACUCCCACAGAAAAAGCGUCCCCAAAGUCAGCGGUGCCCACACUGGACUCGGGGACUUUCAGGGACAUUUUCAGGGACCUUUUUCAGGGACCUUAGUUUGUGACGAGUCAUCCAUACACACAGAUGAAGUUGAGACUGGGGCUGCUGUAGCUGUUGAACUUUUGCUCUGCUUGUCAGAUUCCUGCGGGAAGAGUAACAACUGCCAUCCCCACUGCCCCCCAGCACAGGAAGAGCUAAACAGGGUGGGGAGAGGCUGCAGGGUGGGUUUGCUUUCCUAAGCCAUUUCUCUUCAGGAGCAGGAUUUUUAGCAAAAUGUCUAAAUACUCCACUAGCAUGAGGAUAAGAAUCAAAGUGAGCUGCACCAGACUCUACCUAAACAGUCUGAUUUUCUGGACAAUGACAGUUUUACUGAUUUGGGGGUCAAGCCUGAAGUCUUUACCAAGGGAAAAAUUCCAAUUCUAGUUAAUUGGAUUUUCUGCCUCAAUAACAUCUUGAAAAUUGAGCCAAAACGUAGAUGACACCAACUGUUAACGUGUUAGAAAUACCUCUGGAAUACUGAGAAUGCAGUUUAAGGUACUAUAGUUUGAGAAACUGCAUACUUUCAGAAGACACUUUAAAACCUUUGCUGGAAAAUGCAUUGUUAAAUUUCUACUGAGCCUGUUAGCAAUGGGACCUACGUAACUGUUUAUCCUCCAGCCCUGCACCUUCUUGCAUUUUGCCUGUGCUUUUGGCAGAUGUGAAACCAAGUCCAUCCAGCACUUAAGAAAACAAAUAAAAAGAAAAACCAGAAGUAGUUCCACGUCACGUCUGUACUGCUCAUUUAUUCAAAAUAGCUGGUACACUAGAGCAGUAUCUGAUACAGAGUCACCAAAGAAAUGGGUUAUCGGAGCAUAUUUUUGAUCACUAAAUUGUAAUCAUUAAAAAAAACCCCACCCAUAACAUUUCUACUUACCUGCGUUUUUUCACAUGGUGUCAUUCAUCUCCAUUCCUAACCAUGGUUUCCUCUUUCACAUCUGUUUUACUUUCUUAAGCUCCAAAAAAAGGCAACCAUGGCUGCAGGUAAGUCCUGCCGCUUUCCUGCAAGUAAAAAAAUACAACGAACAAUGUGGUGUUAGGAGCCGUACCUUUGGGGCACUAAUUUUCUCUCGGUAGCUCUGAGGCAUCUAUAAAUGCUGCCUAGUUACCAAGCUCAAAAAGAAAUCAAUGUAUUGCCACCAUGAACAUGUUUAGAAAACAGCAUCUGGUUUUGCUUUUACAGAAAAGCUGGGGUUUUUUCUGAAGUGAGCAGAGGAGUUACUUGACACAUUAAAACGAUUAAAAGCUAAAAACUGUAGAAUUUAUGUCAGGUAAAAGAGAAAUACUGAAUAAAAAGUGUCAGUGACUGCUUUAGGUACUGCUGUAGUGGAAGAAAACACAAUGGUCUCUUAGAUGUUGCAUGAAGAAAGGAAGGGUUGAGGCUAUGAGAAAUCACUGUUUUGUUACAUUAAGCAAUGGGGUUGGUUUGGUUUUCUGGAUCUCUGUUCAGCCAACACCAAAAGAUGAAUGACGAGCUUGAGAGAAGUUGUGGAAUGUCUGAGGAAUUUGCUAAACAGUUACCUCCCUCGCCUCAACUACCAUUGAGUACUUCCAGUGUUAAACAGCAUUUUAAGAACAGUCUCUGAAGAGGCAUUACUUGGGGAGUAAAAAUGGUUUAGUGCAUGACUUUUUAAAGCAGUGAACUACUCAAUGACUUGCAGUUCUUCGGGGAAGAAAAAUAGUUUGUCUUUUGACAGUGGAAAAUUUCACUUGGUUUAAAAAAAAAAAACCAACGACAACCCUCAAAACUAAAACUCAAGUCUGCUGAGGCACAUCAGACCAAAACGUUCCAGAUUAUUAGAAGAGAAUGGGUAAGCUUAUUUUUUUAAACUGCAGACAAUCCGUAUUUCCUCUUUCUCCACUGCAGUAGCAUUCACGCACCUAACAGUAAAUGUGUAAGGGAUUACACGCAGGUGGUGCUGCUGCUUUCUGCCUUACCCCUUCAUUUCUCAAAAGGGCUUUUGGAUCAAGAGCGUGGCUCCUGUGUCAAUCUAGUUUUAUAUUAAAGGUGAUUGAAAACUGUUUGGCUCACAGUGACUGACAAUUGAGAAACUGCCUUACUGUUAAAUUUUUUGUAAUAAAAUUUUUAAUGUAAAAAAAAAUGGGCUUAAAAUAAAAGCCACUGCCAUUAGCAGUGAAAAAUCCUCCACAUCAA